CUGCCUUGUCCAGCCUCCACCGCCAUUGCAGGUCCAGGGAGGUGUAGUGGCAGCCAGUCUAGCCAAGGGUAGCCGUAAGGAAACAGUCUAGGGACAAAUAGAAAGUAACAGCAGAUUGACACCUCGUACUAAAUCAAUUUUAGAGUUUAGACUGUAGAUUAGCGACUCCUUCACGGCCCGGCUAGUAUCUGAAGGAAAGAAGUAGUGGGUUAGCAUUUGAAGAAACCGGAGGAGAGUGAGAGGCACCGCCAUGGCUCAAAUCCUUCCUAUUCGCUUCCAGGAGCACCUGCAGCUCCAAAACCUGGGCAUCAAUCCAGCUAACAUUGGCUUCAGCACCCUCACCAUGGAGUCGGACAAGUUCAUCUGUGUUCGGGAGAAGGUGGGUGAGCAGACCCAGGUGGUUAUCAUUGACUUGGCCGACCCCAAUACCCCCAUCCGCAGACCCAUCUCUGCCGACAGCGCCAUCAUGAACCCUGCCAGCAAGGUCAUUGCACUCAAAGCGGCCAAAACUCUUCAGAUCUUCAACAUUGAGAUGAAGAGUAAGAUGAAGGCGCACACGAUGACAGAUGAUGUGACCUUCUGGAAGUGGAUUUCCCUGAACACAGUUGCCCUGGUGACGGACACGGCCGUGUACCACUGGAGCAUGGAGGGUGACUCUCAGCCCGUCAAAGUCUUCGACCGUCACUCCAGUCUCGCGGGCUGUCAGAUCAUCAACUACCGCACAGACGCCAAGCAGAAAUGGCUUCUGUUAAUUGGUAUCUCAGCACAGCAAAAUCGUGUGGUUGGAGCCAUGCAGCUUUACUCUGUAGACAGAAAAGUCUCUCAGCCAAUUGAAGGCCACGCUGCCAGUUUUGCCCAGUUCAAGAUGGAGGGCAAUGCAGAGGAGUCCACACUGUUCUGCUUUGCUGUCCGAGGCCAGGCUGGAGGAAAG